GAUAUUGUGAAUGGGCAACAGGGGACUCUUACCGUCUCAUGUAACGUCCCGACAAACGCUCGUCAUCUGCGUCACUGAUGGUGUCUUCUGUUUUAACUUAUUUGAGAGUCUCUUGGGUCUCUAGGAACGCAUCGGUUGCAUGCUAGAUAGAAGGCCAACGCCUCUCGGAAUGCUUUUAAUAUGCCAUACGUUAGUUUCGCUGUUAACCAGGGUGUUGCCAUGUUGUUGCACUACUAAUCUCUUUGGGAAGUACCGCCUGCACUACUCAUAGGAACGGAAUAGGUACAGAUUAGUGCUGUGAGAAUUUGUCGAGUCCCGCCAACUCGGUUAUACUUCUGACACAUCUUACUUACUGCCUUCUUAUUUUGUGAUUUUGGGUUUGAUUUCUUGUUGUGUUCUUACUUUCCUUUUAAAAUAAGAUAUUCCGUUCCUCUCGUUUCUUGACCAGGCGUUAUAUAAGCGUACUUGGUGGAAGAGUGAGGUCUUAACGAUGGGUCGACUGCGUCAGAUUGCGGCUGCUGUUGCGGCUCUCGUAGUCUUGGUAGCCGUGUUCUUGGCUCGAACAUCACAGUCGACCGAGGACGAAUUUAUCCCUACCCCUACGAUCCCGGGUAGGAAUGGAACCGUCCUAUUUAUCAUCAAUACCGAGUAUGGUCUCAGCAACGUACACCUGGCAACAACCAGCGCACUGCUGGAGAAGCAUCCAGGCAUCGAGGUUCAUGUUGCUUCUUUCCCUCAAUCAGCCUCAAAAGUAGCAAAGCUCUCCGCCUUGGCUCAGAAGAGAUACAAGGUCGAUAGGGGUGUUCAGUUCCAUGAGCUUCCUGGUCGAUAUUAUGCGCAGGCGCUCUCAAAUCAGAUGGGCGGUGUUGGUGGGAAGUCUGUUCAACACCUUCUUCACCCCCCUGGAAUAAAGGGCAUCGAGGAAAUCAUGCGCGUUAUUCGUCCUGCCAUAUCACCGUGGGAUGGAACCGAUCACAUCGAAAUCUAUGAAAAAGUCAGAGAGCUUAUUGGGACUAUCGACCCAGCCCUGGUGGUUUUGGACAUGGCUUUCCGACCGGCGAUAGAUGCUGCAAUCAGGAGUGAUCGCUUGUAUACUUAUCUCUCUCCUAAUGUUCUGGCGGACACCUUCUGGUUUGAGCAGCCUUUGCAAACCAUGAUUACAAAAAUCCCACGAAUUGGUUUAGACUCUCCCUCACCACUGCCGUGGCAGAAGAUCCCCGAGAACUUUUAUUUCACAUGGCGCUUCAUUUAUGGAGUUAUAGCCGCAGGGGAUUUCAACGGCACAAAGGCAAAGCUCGAGGCGCACGGGAUAAAGAAUUCACUCCAUAUUAAACGCCCUAGAGAUAGGCCUUGGAUGUCGCAAGACAUGCCCGGAGCCAGCAUUGCGCUUGACGUGAUGCCGCCCAAUGUCACCAGUGCUGGGCCUAUCGUCUUCGAAGCUGAGCCGGCAAUUGAACAUGAUCCUGAGCUAGUGGCAUGGUUAGCAAAGGCACCGACCGUGCUCGUGAAUCUCGGGAGUCUAUUUAUCUAUUCCGAACACCAUGCCACAACGAUGGCCUUGGCCUUGGAAGAAAUUCUCGCGAAGACUGACGUUCAGGUGCUAUGGAAGAUGUCAUACGCUGAAGACGUACCGGAUGACUAUACGUUACCGGCUCAGAACAUAAUAAAGCAGGGCCGACUUAGGGUCACCAACUGGCUUACCGUUACCCCGGCGUCGUUAUUGGAUACGGGCCACAUUGUGGCCUCCGUCCACCACGGAGGGGCCAACUGUUAUCACGAAGCCAUUGCGGCUGGUGUUCCUCAAGUUGUUCUCCCUGCGUGGCUGGAUUGUUACAACUACGCACAAUUAGCUGAGGACAUUGGUGUCGGUGUCUAUGCAAACCGACACUCAGCACCUUACUGGACCGUUGACGGCUUACGUGAUAGUUUCCUUAGAGUACUGGAUGGAAAAGAGGAAGGUCGUCAAAUGAAAGAGAAGGCGGAACGUUUGGGCGAGACCGCAAGAAAAGACCCGGGACGAUACGUGGUUGCGAGGGAGAUUGCUCGACUUGCGGCAUCAGGGCAUGCGUAGACGUGUCAGGCAGGCAUUGGUAACGGAUUAUAGACGGCUGGGCAAUAUAUUUUUUUUCUGAAUAAGCAGUUCCAUCUGCAAUCUCCGCCCCGCUGUCAUGGGGCAAUUUGCAUUGGGAGGCUAGAGAUAGAUUGCUGGGAGUGGCAUUGAGUAAAUACCCUAACUUAAAUUGUCAAAACCACCUAAUAAUUAUAGAUACUUCAUCACCGUAUUUUUAAGGUGUACUUUUACUAGUAUAUAGACUGAACUUUCUAUAUCGACUACAUGUUCUGCGCCCCAGACUACUAGGUACAUAUGUCUUAGUUUACCAAGACCGGAUACCCAUCCG